AUUCUUGGUUUAUUCCUUCAUCAUGGACCUGCAGUCGGAGAACAUGACUAUGGAGCAACUCAUCGUUAUCAACAUGCAACGGCACAAGAAGGCUCGACUUGCCGAGGCACCGGACGAUGGCGCUAAGGCACCGGCGCCUAAACGCGCCAAGAAGAUCCACAGAUCAUGGGCGGCGCACGUCCCCGAACGCCUCCCUUCAGCUCUCGCAGUCAUCGUGCCGAGCGUCAGCACACAUUCGGCGGGUACUCGCGGGCGCGAGCGCGCGCAGCGCUCCCCUUCACCUUUGGACCAAACGAUCGCGGCAGACGAAUGGACGGAGGAAGAUGUGACGAUGAUUGAGGCCGCCCCCGCGGCUAUGCCGCCGAUCGACGUCCCCACGUGCCUGCGAGAGCUCGAGAGCGAACUCGCGAAGUUGCUCGAUGCGGGCAAGACUGUGAUCAGCCUGGAGAACACAGGCUAUAGGGAGACACAGGCCUCUAGACUGCGUCGCGCCAAAGCGGUUGAGAGCGGUCGGCGAGUGAUCAGCAUCGCCGAGGAUGCUCUCGGCAAACUUCGCACCGUGCUUGGAUCCCUUCCUCUCGAAAACAAAUGAUUCUCAUGGUUCUGAAGUCGCUUGCAUGACUCAUUAUAUCUCCCUGUAUCGCACUUCUCGUCGUCGUACCGCUCUCGUCGCUCGCUUUGGACCCGGUGUCAUAUCACGCUCUCGCCUGCAUAACUCGCUGUAGACUCAGACAUUUUGCAUACAAUUGGACUCAUGGAUUCAGUAAACUACUUGGUAUGCAUUCGCUCAAUAAGUAGCUUGGCGCGUUUGCGCGCAUCCCCUUUGCGACAUCGUGUCUGAAGACACACGUAGGCAACGUCCGCCGCCUGCCCUUGAACCUUGCCAACGAGCGUCGCGCGCAAGAGUGGCACGUCUUCCUCGUAUAGCACGAUCUUAUCCUUGGCGACCGCUACCUUGCUGCUAAGGUCGACAGACUCCCUGAGGGACAACGACGUGUCCUGCGCGUGGUCGUGGCCUGGACGAGCGUCCACGCAGCGUAAAAGGUCGUACCCGUGCGUGUUGUGCCAGUGGUCAAUCAUGUCGGAAAA